CAUGAACGAGAGAUUACUUCUUCUUCCCGUUUUCAUUCUCUAUUUCACAAAUACAAAAGUCUCCAAGAUUGCUACUUCCAGACUUCGAAUUGAAGGGACUCGUGGGGGUGGUUUGCUCGAACCUACCAACAAUUUGUAGUGAGGGAAAAUAACACUCUAAUGAGAGUGAUCUAAUCACGCUUUCAAUCGAUUAUUUUCUACCAACGUCAACUUAUUUUUUUGUUCAACUUGAUUGUUCUACUUCUAUGAGCUCAACUAGGAAUUUAACAUCAUCCAAGUGGGGUGUGAAAGGUUACAAUUUGAAAAUAGUUUUCUUCACAAAAGGAUUAAAAUUAAAAUGUGAACGGAAUGAUAAUUGGGAUACAUGGACCCAAUUGUUACGUAGAAAAGUUUCUGGACGUACUUCUUAUAUGUUCAUCUAAAAAAGCUCCAAUUGACCGUUUGAUCACAAGCGGGCGCCGCAGAAGGCCAGUUCCCAACUGCGGCACAUCCCACAAACACAGACUACCGUUCUCUGAACCUUUUUAAGGUAAAAUAGAAAAGAGAAAAACUCAGCAAGGGAAAGGAAGAGAGGAACCAACCAAAACCCAGCGAAGCAACGACCUCAACAGAAGACCGGUUGCAACCCUGUCUUCUUCUUCUUUUGUGUCGGAGUGGGGAAAGAGAAAGAGGAAUUGGCCGAAACUAAUGAGUUAUAGGUUUCUUCGCCAUUUAUAUACUUCCCCGGACUUCUGCAAUUUUGUAGCUGUUUCAGUUCACGCUUCUGCCCAAUUCUAGCAAACCCUAGUCUCGCCAGGUAAAAUUUGGUCUUAAUUGCUGGGUUCUUUUCCUGUUCCCCUCUAGCUGCUUCUGGGUUUGUUUCCAUUCUGCUAAAUUCGUGAUCUUUACUAGUUUUCCUCUCGUGGGUCAUUACUUACUACGGCGAAUUGGGUUCUCUCUUCCUUUGGGGCUUUACAGGAGUGUUGAACUCAAUUACGGCCAGUGUUAGUGAAUCACAGUUGACUUCGUGAGGGGUAAAGGGACUAUGGAUAAUAACCCACAAGGUGAUGACAAUGUGGGGAUCCCAGAUGAUUUGCGGUGCAAGAGAUCCGAUGGGAAACAGUGGAGAUGCACUGCAUUGUCUAUGCCCGAUAAAACGGUGUGUGAGAAGCACUACAUCCAGGCUAAAAGGAGGGCGGCUAAUUCAGCUCUAAGGGCUAGUCUAAAGAAGGCCAAGAGGAAAUCAGCGGGUGAAAGUGAUCAUGAUGUCUACUUGGAGAGUAAGAGUGAUGAUUUCGAUAUGCCUCUUGCUAGCAUAAAAUCCGAGGACCAUAACGUUUCAGUCUCGUCCAAGAAGAAGCUGUCCAAGAAUCACGGGCGGUACUCUCCUGAAGGGCCGAUGAGGAGUUUGUCUGCUAGAAACGCUCAGAAGGACGACGACGAAAUGGAGAGAGAUGUGGAGUACGAAGACAAUUGGAGAUCGUAUGAUACGCCGCCACCUUCGACAAUGGAUUCUUCCAGAAGUAGGUCACAGAGGAGUUUUGAUGCCACACCCGUGAUGGAUUACUCUGGUGGAACCACAGAUUCCUCUGAAGACAUGGGAGGACAGGCUUGUCAUCAAUGCCUGAGAAAAGAUGGAGGCAGAGUUGUUUGGUGUCUCAAAUGUGACAAGAGAGGCUUUUGUGAUAGUUGCAUCUCUGCAUGGUACCCAGAUAUUUCAAUAGAAGAAAUUGAGAAAGUUUGUCCUGCUUGUCGAGGUAUCUGUAAUUGCAAGGUGUGUUUGCGAGGGGAUAAUAUGGUGAAGGUUAGAAUACGGGAGAUACCGGUCUUAGAUAAAUUGCAAUACCUCUACUGCCUAUUAUCUUCAGUACUUCCAGUAGUUAAACAGAUCCAUGAUGAGCAGUGCUCUGAAGUAGAGCUGGAGAAAAGGCUUCGUGGAACUGAUAAUAUAGAUCUUGCUCGAGUCAAAUUGAACGCAGAUGAACAGAUGUGCUGCAACAUAUGCAGGAUACCGAUUAUUGACUACCAUCGACAUUGUCCUAAUUGCUCGUACGAUCUUUGCCUUCAUUGUUGUCAAGAUCUCCGAAAAGCAUCUGGUAUUAGUGGUGAAGUGGUAGAUAUAAGUCGAGACAUAGGAAGUGCAGUUUACCAAGUCAAAGAAUCGAAACUAAGACUGGACUUAUCAGAGGAGUAUCCUCUCUGGAAGGCCAACAGGGAUGGCAGCAUUCCUUGCCCUCCAAGGGAGUACGGCGGCUGCGAUUAUUCAUCAAUGAGUCUAAGCCGCAUAUUCAAGAUGAAUUGGGUUGCAAAGCUGGUCAAGAAUGUGGAAGAGAUGGUCAACGGGUGUAAAGUCAAUGAUCCGCAAACACUUUGGUCAGAUGAUUCCACAAUGUUCAAGUGUUCUUCUGAUGAUAUUAAAGUGCAAGGGGUCAAUAUUUUCAGAAAGCAUUGGGGUAGGGGUAAACCAGUAAUUCUCAAGCGAGUAUUUGACUCGCUGUCGGCGCCAAGCUGGGAUCCAAUGGUUAUAUGGCAAGGCAUCUGUGAAACAUCUGACGGAAGAACGAAAGACGAGAAUAGAAUGGUCAAGGCCAUUGACUGCUUAACCCGGUCCGAGGUUGAUCUCGAACUAAGCCAAUUCAUUAAAGGUUACAAAGAAGGAAGAAUGCGGGAAGAUGGUUCACUUGAGAUGUUGAAGCUGAAGGACUGGCCUUCCCCAACUGCUUCUGAAGAGUUCUUAUUGUACCAGCGGCCUGAGUUUGUCAGUAAACUGCCACUACUCGAGUUCAUUCAUUCGAGAUUGGGCGUCUUGAAUGUGGCUGCCAAGUUGCCACAUUAUUCUUUGCAGAAUGACGUGGGGCCUAAAAUUUAUCUGUCCUAUGGGAGGAUGGAAGAACUCGGUAGAGGCGAUUCAGUAACCAAUAUUCACUUGAAAAUGCGUGAUAUGAUGUAUCUUCUGGUGCACACGCACGAGGUGAAGCUACAGGGUUCUGCCCCUGAGAGCGAGCCAUCUGAUUCUGAAACAAGCACGGACGGGGGAGUAGUACUACCAGAUUUAUCUCUUGGCCAACUGGAGAUGCAAAAUUUGGGGAUGGCAACUUCUGAUGACAACAAGAUCACUGGAGACCAAGAGGUUGCUGGGAUUUCCACAAACAUCGAUGAUGAUGUUGACGAGAGAAUGGAAGACGUUGAGUUGGAGCAUACUGACGAUGCCAAGAGUGUGAAGCAUCAGCACUCAAAGAAAGAGAUUGAAGGAGGUAUAUCAAACGAGGCUCUCCCAGGAGCUCAUUGGGAUGUCUUUCGUAGGCAAGAUAUCCCGAAGCUGGUUGAGUAUGUGAGGAACCAUGCCGAGGAGUUUGGGUACAUAGUUGAUGCUGAUUCAGCUGCCCACUUGCUUUACAGCGGCACAGUAUUCCUCGACAGACAUCACAAGCAAAAAUUGAAGGAAGAACUAGGAGUCGAGCCAUGGUCAUUUGAACAGCAUUUGGGAGAAGCUGUGUUUAUCCCAGCUGGAUGCCCUUUCCAAGCCAGGAACCUUCAGUCCACUGUUCAUGUGGCCCUCGAUUUCUUGUCUCCGGAGAGUGUGGAUCAAGCCGCUAGAUUAGCAGACGAAAUUCGCUGCCUUCCAAAUGACCAUGAAGCUAAACUUCAAGUUAUGGAGGUGGGGAAGAUAUCGCUAUAUGCUGCUAGUUCAGCCAUCAAAGAAGUCCAGAAACUGGUGCUUGAUCCAAAAUUCAGUGCAGAGGUUGGCUUCGAGGAUCCAAAUCUGACAGCUGCAAUCUCCGAGAACUUGGAGAAACUCACUGGUCCUAAGCAGAUAAGUUGUGCAUGAAACUUGUAUCAUACAGUAAAUUGUUAAAGUUGGAUGACAGAAUACAUUAGUACUCUAACCGCCUGCCUUAUGUAGAAAUGUACUCAAGUGUAUCUUUGGCUCCUGGCCAUCUCUCUGGCUGUAUUAUGAUGUUCAUAAACACAUUCAAUUGCUCAUCUCAUUCUUUAGGCCACUCUUUGUGCUAUGGAGUUGCAGAUAAAUGAAUCAAACAAGAGGCUGGACGGGAUUAACAAACAUGGUAACAGUGG